AUGAAAAAUGAUCAGCAUGAUAGAUACUGUGAUGAUCAGGAACUCAUGCCCCAUGACAAUUUAGUGGAGACAGAAAUUGAGAUGAGGAUAUUGCCAUUGGACGACAAAUUGACAGAACAUCAUGAACCAUCUAGGCAGUUUGUCAUUUUUGCAAUCUAUGGGCUGGGAGGAGUAGGAAAAACAACUAUUGCCAGAAAAAUAUUUGAUGACAGAGGACGCAAAGUGCUUUCAGCACACGCUGAUGAGAAUGUUGGUAAUGAGAUAAAGUCAGCUCAAAUCCAAAAAGGCGCUGAAGGAUACGGUCUCCAAACGGACCGCAUAUGGCAGCUAAAAGUGGAAGAUAGUUGGAUGUUACUACUUUGGGCAGCUUGUCUGGAGCAAGCAAAAGUCACGCCAGAACUAAAGAAAAUUGGUAUAGGAAUUCUGCCAAAAUGUGAUUGCUUUCCUCUUGCUAUCAAGGCUGUUGGAGGUGUUCUUCAUCGAAAGGGCUACAGACAAAAGGAAUGGGAGCGCAUAUGUGAUAGCAGAGCAUUUUCUCUCAAGGAUCCAACCACGGGAACUGAAGGAGGAGUUAGGAGCAGCAUCUAUCUGAGCUACCAGUAUGCUCCACCACACCUAAAGCAAUGCUUUCUUUACUUAUCACUUUUCCCUGUAGAUUUUGAGAUUAAGCAACACUUGGUUACUCAGUUGUGGAUUUCAGAGGGCUUUAUUGAUAUUGAUACAAGACAUGGCCACUCAUUAGAAGAGACAGCUGAUGAGCAGACUAGUGUUUCCCAAGAGGAAUCCAACAAGCACAACAACAGGGAAGAGAUAGCACAAGAGGGAGGCGAAAACAUCAACUUGCUACGUGACUCGUCAGAUGGGCGUAACACUACUUCGUCAGAAAUUGUUGUUGUUGAUGAUGACAACAAAAAUUCAUCAGAACAUGCUAAAGGGACACCUCGCCUCAGCAGCUGUGGACAUUCUUCAAAAACAAGUCCAGAUAAGCAAAGCCAUUGUUCGGAUCAAGAGAUGGAUGACUGGUACUUCAAAGAGCUUGCAGAGAGGGGUCUUGUUCAACGAGAAAACAAAACAAAACGAUAUAAGAUGCACGAGCAAGUUAGGAAAAUUGCAGAGUCCUUAACUGAAAAUGAGGUAUGUGCUGGCCAUCCCAAGUCUUUGGACACUGAAAAUGUGGCUACAUUGCCAGCUAGCCUGUAUCGUCUAUCUUUUCUGAACAAAGGACUCACCACUAUCCCUGAAGACGUCGGAAAGCUAAAGAGUCUGAGGACACUUCUCCUAUCUGGCAAUCCACUUGGUGAAACCGACAUGGAUACCAUAUGCAAGAACCUGCAAUUAUUGCGAGUUCUUGACCUCUCAGAUACAGAGAUCCAAUCUGUUCCAAAGACGUUGGGAAAUCUUGUGUACCUUAGGCACCUAAAUCUUUCCCGUACAAAAAUAAGAGCACUCCAUGAGUCCAUUGGCCGCCUCAGGAGACUGCGGUUCUUGGGUUUGCGGGAAUGUGAACGUCUCACUUCCCUUCCCAAAAGCAUACAAAAGUUACUGAAGCUGGAAUAUCUCGACUUUAGAGACAGUGGCAUUACAAAGUCCACAAGGUUGCACAAUCUGAGGCAUCUUGCACUUCUUCAUGGCUUUGUAGUGGACAGCAUGUCUUCAAAUGGCUUACCUUUGGAAGAUCUGCAGAACAUGAGCAAUAUAAUUGACCUGCAGAUAGAUAUUAGAAAAAUUGUAGACAGAAACAUUGCAAGCUAUGGAAAUGGAAUGCUGAAGCUGAAGGAGAAAGAUAAUCUCAGGAACCUGGAGAUCAGAUGCUGUACUGUUAACUCAGAAACUUUAUCAGCUGGAGAGUUAGAGAGAUCGAAAACAAUGUUCACACAGCUUCAUCCUCACCAAUGUUUAGUGUCACUCAAAAUUGAUGGUUACCAUGGAACUGUUUAUCCAGAAUGGUUAUGUUUCUCUGAACUUCCAAAUCUGCAACACCUUAGCCUGGAAAACUCCAAGUUCUGUGAAAGGUUACCACCAAUUUGUCAUCUUCAGAAGUUGAAGUUUCUCAGAAUAGCCAAUCUUUCCAAGCUGCGAACAAUUGACAUGCAACCAACAGCAGAAAUGCCAUCGUUUCCUAAUGUAGAGGAGUUGGAAAUUGAGGGCAUGGAAGAUUUAGAGAACUGGUCAGAUUUUCGAGCUGGCGACCUGCUACAUCUUCGAAAGCUGGCACUCAUAAGGUGCCCAAAGCUGAAGCGUCUUCCGGGUGGCUUGGAGCACUGCAAAACUAUGUCAAAGAUGGAGCUGAUACAUGCAGGACUAGUACAGGUCCUUGAGAAAAUCCCUGUGCAGGAGUUGCUUGUGGAAGCAAUGCCAAGUCUUAGGGAAGUGUCAAAUCUUCCACUAAUGAAGGUGUUUACAGUGAUCAGCUGCCCAAACCUGGAAACUGUUUCAGGGGUGAACUCACUGCAGUACAUUCACAUGGAAGAUGAACAGCUUCCGAAAUGGCUGGGACAGCAUUUUUCAAGGAUAGAGACACUAGACAUUCUAGGCAAAAAACAACUGCUUGUGAGAUGUGAACGCAGUAAGGAAGAUUGGUAUAUCGUUCGAGAGAUUCCACGUGUUUAUGCAUAUUUGCCUAAGAGAUUGCCAUAUUUCUCAUAUGCCUGGGGCAAUGAUUUCUUUUGCAAAUACAAGACACAGAGAACAGGUUCUACGGUCUCGUCCAGUUCCACAGGAAACGAUGAUUCACCAUUGGGACCAGCAGCUCCAGUUGAUGAGACCGACAAGAAAUUCUUGCCACUGGGACCAGCUCCAGCUGAUGAGACCUACAAGAAAAAUUUUCACAUUGCGUUUCCGAUUGUUGUUUCAUUGCUUCCGGUGAAUCUCAUUCUCUCUGAUCGCAAUCCAUCAGAAGAAUUAUCUUUGCUUUUUCUGUACGCUGUGUUUGUAGGUUUUCUUACUUUUAUUGUAACAAAAUCGCGUCAGUGA